AUGAUCUUCCGAAUGCGUCAAACAGCACGAGAGACAACCGGUCAAAUUGACGAUUUGUUCAAGGUUGGUGGAUUCCAAAUCAAGCAUUGGAUCUAUUCAUCAGAGAAUGUGAACGAUGACAGCGCAAAUAGAUCACUGGGAAGCAAGUCGGUAUGCGAGAAGCAGAUACAAAAUACUGGGACAGCAUUCUCUGAAGGGGAUGAACAGAAAGUUCUUGGUGUACGCUGGGAUUCAAAUAGGGACGAAUUUUGUUUCAAAACGCAACUUAACUUUACCCCAAAAAUUAAGAAACUACGAAGUGGACCAAAUCUCACUCAAGAACAAGUUCCAGCGCUUAUUCCGCCCAUACUAACGAAACGGAUGGUGUUGUCGCAGAUUAACGGAAUAUACGAUCCACUUGGACUCGCAGCCCCAUUCACCGUGAGGGCAAAGAUACUUAUGAGACAAUUGUGGAUAGGAGAAUCGAAAGACCUGACCUGGGACGAUCCAUUCCCCUCCUCGUUAAGAGAAGAGUGGUUGCGAUUUUUCAUUGAACUUUUCAACAUCGAAAAAGUCACGUUUAGAAGGUGCGUGAAACCAGUCGGUGCUGUUGGCAACCCAGCCCUCGUGAUGUUCAGUGAUGGAUCAGACCAGGCAUAUGGUACAUGUGCGUAUGUGAGAUGGCAGCUUGAAAAUGGGACUUUUGGUACCAAUCUUCUAGCAGCAAAGAGCAGGGUCACACCAAUUCGAAAGACGACAAUCGUUAGAACGGAGUUGAACGGAGCGUUGCUUUCGAAAAGGCUUAGUGUUUUUAUCAAGAAAGAAUCUCGCCCCAUUUUCGAGAAAGAAUAUUUUUUCGUGGACUCGGAGAUAGUUAGAGCAAUGAUUCAGAAAGAUUCGUACGGAUUCAACACCUAUGCAGCCGUGCGAAUUGGCGAGAUUCAAGAAGGAACUUCUCCAAGUGAUUGGCAUUGGAUUGAAGGGAAACUCAACAUAGCUGACUGGAUAACGCGGGGGAAGAAUCCGAGCGAGCUUGACAAGAACAGUCUUUGGCAGACAGGGCCAGACUUUCUUCACCUGCACGAAUCAGAAUGGCCAAUCAAGAAAUUUGUAUUACCGGAUCACCUGCCUGAAGAGACCAAGGCGGCAAUGAUCAUUAAAGUUGAGUUGAGAAUCAUACUGUCUCAUGCCAUUGAUAUUCUACGAUUCUCUUGCUAUUAUCGUUUGCUUCGGGUGACUGCACGCAUUACAGCUGUCGGCAAAAGACCCCGAAACCAUCGUUGAAAAAUCUUGCUGCACCAGUCGAAGCGGAAUGUGUACAGAAUACUGAGCUUCUUUGGAUCAAAGAAGCGCAAAAAUCGUUGCAGCAGCGCUUCGAGAAAGGAAAGUUUAAUCGACUUUGCGCACGAAAGAGAAAAGAUGGAAUCAUCAUUGUUGGUGGGAGAAUCCCAAAGUCGUCUGAAUCUAGUUACGAUGAACAAGAAUUGAUCCUGAUGCCGUUCGAUCAUCGAGUGUCUCGUUUGUACGCGGAACGUGUCCACAGUAGAGGUCACAAUGGAGUAUCCACCACUAUGAGCAAGAUUCGAACCCGCUUCUGGAUCCUGAAGCUGCGCAAGAUGGCUAGGGCUAUCAGAGAGCAAUGUGUCAUCUGUCGCAAAAAGCAGAAAAUUUUGGAAAGUCAAGUGAUGGGAACAUUGCCGAAAGAACGUGUGACCCCUGCACCACCGUGGAAUUCAACUGCGGUAGACUUUUUCGGACCAUUUCAGACGAGAGGUGAGACAAACAAGCGUUCCCGGGGUAAGGCGUAUGGUGUGCUCUUCAACUGCAUGGCUAGCAGAGCUGUUCAUGUGGACAUAGCAACCGAUUACAGUACGGAAGGUUUCCUAAUGGUUCUACGAAGAUUUGUCUCUAUCCGAGGGUACCCGAAGCACAUGUUUUCAGAUUGUGGGUCUCAACUUGCGUCUGCUAAUAAGGAAUUAAAAUCCAUAAUCGAAGGUGUUGAUCACGAACGACUUCGAGAGUUUGGCGCUGAGCAUGGGUUAGAGUGGAAGUUUGCAGCUGCUGAUGCUCCAUGGCAAAAUGGUUGCUCCGAAGCACUGGUGAAGUCUGUGAAGGGCGCAAUGAAAGGGGCGAUUGGGGAUCAGGUAUUGAUGUUUUUCGAGCUACAGACAGUCUGUUUUGAGGCCGCCAACCUAGUAAACGAACGGCCAAUUGGUACUCAUCCGACGAGUCCCAGCGACGACACAUAUCUUAGCCCGAAUCACUUGCUUCUCGGUAGAGCGUCGGCAAGAAUUCCCAGUGGACCAUUUAAGGAAACGAAGAACAAAAGGUUGCGCUUUGAAUUUGUGCAAAGAUUGGUGAAUGCGUUCUGGAAACGAUGGAUCCGUGAUUAUUUCCCGAGCCUAUUAAUACGACAGAAAUGGCAUGUUGAUAAACGAAACGUGUGUGUCGGAGACGUUGUUAUGAUUCAAGACUCGAACAGUAUUCGUGGACAAUGGAAAGUUGGUCGAGUGUCGAAAGCCUUGGUUGAAGACGAUGGAAGAGUACGCAGGGUCGAAGUACAGUACAAGUGUUUGCCAACGAAAGAGACAAAGGUAUACAAAGGACAAGCUUAUACGACAAUCGAAAGGCCUGUGCAAAGAUUGGUUGUAAUUGUUGCGGCAAACGAAUCGUUUGAAAGAGACUAA